GCCAUAUUAUAACUACCUAGCUGACUAUUGGUUCCUUGAAGAAGUGGAUUAAUCUUUCAUGCACACUGACGACACCUAGCCCAUCAUUUCAACUGCUUAAAGCAUUGCGCAACGGUGAUCAUCUCUCGCUCGAUAACAUGAAACUACACAAUCCCUUAUACCCUCCUCCCGCUCCACCUGCAUUUGGCAGAGAUACAAUCCUACCAGAACCAAAGGCGUCACUGCUCUCCCGCCUCGUAUUCCAGUGGUUGUCGCCGUUUCUGGCUGUAGGAUUCUCUCGGCCUCUGGAGAAGGACGAUUUAUGGCAACUCCCCUCUGCACGUCUCACCGGGAAUGUGACCGAUAGAAUUGAGACGAAUUUCUUCCAACGAUGCCCUCCUGACCAGAGGCCUCGUCAUUUACGUCAAAAGCUCCGUCAGAUUUGGGAAGUUGAAGUGACGGACGCGAUUCCAGAGCAGGACAACGACAGCGAUAGCGCGUACGAAGGCUCGUCAGAUACGCAGAAGACCGACGAGAAGAAGAGCGUUAACAAGAAGAAGAACAUAGAACCUAAAUAUGAUUCCUCAUUAUUACAAGCCAUAUACAUAACUUUUAAAGCCGAAUGGUGGAUCUCUGGAAUGCUCAAGUUAAUUUCAGAUACACUCAAGACCACGACCCCUCUCGUCAAUAAAGUUAUUCUCACUUGGCUUACAGACUCGUUCAUAUUCUACAAGGCUACGCCAUCAGAAAGAUCUGAGCUUGGAUUGACUUCGCCUCGUGGUAUCGGAUAUGGGAUUGGACUUGCAUUCGCUUUGUUCGUUAUGCAAGAAAGCGCUAGUUUGAUGACGAAUCAUUACAUGCAGAUAAGCAUGGCCAACGGAUUAGCCAUCAGAACGGGCAUCAUAGGGAACAUAUUCCGCAAAUCCUUGCGUCUUUCUGGGCGUGCAAGAAACCAGCAUAGCGUUGGACAGAUAACCACAAUGAUCUCCACUGAUGCUACGAGGUUGGACACAUUCUCCGCCAAUGUCCACAAUAUUUGGGUAUCUCCAAUCCAGAUAGCCAUUGGUAUCGGGCUUCUCAUUGCAAACCUGGGAUAUUCUGCACUUGUGGGAUUGGGUGUACUUCUCUUGGGACUCCCUUUGCAAUUCCUUUGCCUGAGGAUAAUGUUCAUGAACAGAAGAAAGGGAGUGAAGGUCACAGAUAGUAGAGUCCGGCUUACCACUGAGGUUCUGCAAGGUAUCCGCCUCAUCAAAGCAUAUGCUUGGGAGGGAUUCUAUGUUUCCCAAAUCUACAACUUCAGGAAGCAGGAAGUGGCACGGAUUCGGACUGCUUCGAUAGCCCGCGCAGUUCUCAUUGCCCUGGUCACGUUUAUCCCAGUUCUUGCUUCUGUCCUCUCCUUUAUCACUUAUGCAUUAAGCGGCCAUGAUCUCAAUGUUGCGAUUAUUUUCAGCUCUUUACAAUUCUUCAACAUUAUUCGUGCUCCUCUCAUCUUUUUCCCUAUCGUCCUCUCUUCAUUGUCCGACUUCCUCGUCGCCAUGGGUCGGAUUGGCAAAUUCCUUAAAGCAGAAGAGCUUGCAGAAUCUUACACCAUCGACUUCGAACGUAAACAUGCUGUGGAAGUCGAUGGCGACUUCAGUUGGGAAUCUGCAGGUAAAAUAGUAGAAACAAAGUUUGAAAAGGGUGCAAAGAACGACCAUGUCCCAAACUCCGGUGUGAAAUCCAAGGAAGAUGGAAAGCCUGCAAAGGCGGUCUCAAAAAGCACCCAAGACGAAACUCUACCCACCACUUUUCAAGAUAUCAAAACGACGCAAGACAUUGAUAGUGAUCCCCUGAAGGAAGAUGAACCCUUCGUAUUAAGGAACCUCAAGUUCAACGUCCCGAAAGGUUCUUUUGUCGCCAUAGUGGGCACUGUGGGUUCAGGGAAGAGUUCAAUUCUGAACGCUUUGAUAGGGGAAAUGCGGCGAACUCGAGGAGAAGUAGUUUUCGGUGGAACUGUGUCCUAUGUCCCACAGACUCCAUGGAUAAGGAAUGCCACUCUGAAAGAGAACGUGCUCUUCGGCAUGGAAGAAGAUGAUAAAAAGUUCAAAGAGAUCAUGCGCGCUUGUAAUUUGGAGCACGAUUUAGAACUACUACCGCACGGCGAGUAUACUGAAAUUGGCGAAAAGGGUAUCAAUUUGAGUGGCGGGCAGAAGGCCCGAGUUUCGUUAGCGAGGGCGGCAUACUCAGAUUCAGAUAUCGUUCUUCUGGAUGACCCAUUAUCCGCUGUUGACUCAUAUGUGGGCAAAUCUAUAUUGACGGAUUGCUUCCUGGACGGUCCACUGGCAGACAAAACGCGAAUUCUGGUCACACAUGCUUUGCACGUGCUUGACAAAACAGAUUACGUUUACGUGGUUGACCAGGGAGAAAUCAAAGAGCAGGGGACAUUCCAGACGCUUAUGUCUGCCAAUGGCCUUUUCACGCGGAUCAUGGAUGAAUAUGGAAGCUUAAAUCACGAGAACGAAAGUAACAGCGAGAAGCCAAGGACGGAGGAUGAAGUCGUAAAUCCUAUACCCGACAACAAGGCUGCAAAUGCUGCUCUUAUGCAGACAGAAGAACGUAACAUUGGCGCUAUCGGGUAUCAAACGUAUGCGAAAUACCUAAAAUUCGCCGGAGGGAUUUGGUGGGCGCCUUUCAUUCUUCUCCUGUUAACUUUAACACAAGGAGCGCAAGUCGCAAAUAAUCUGUUCUUGGGCUUCUGGACUGCGGAAAGCAUUCCAGGUUUUGGCCAAGCUCAGUAUAUGGGUGUUUAUGCAGCGCUUGGUUUUGCUCAAGCCCUGUUCACGUUUCUGUUGUCCUUUUCGUUUGCUAUUGCUGGCCUUGUAGCAAGCCUCAAUCUCUUCCAAACAGCACUCCGUCAUGUUUUACGAUCUCCAAUUUCAUUCUUUGACACUACCCCCAUGGGUCGAAUUCUCUCCCGUUUAUCGAAAGAUCAAGAUACUUUAGACUCCACCCUUACGAUGACCUUGAUGCAAUUUCUGAACACUUUUAGUUCUGUCUUGGGCACCGUUGCACUCGUUUUCUACACUUUUCCUCUUUUAGGGAUCAUCUUUGCACCCAUGACAGUGUUCUACUAUUUCAUCUCCAUUUAUUACCGACGGUCAUCUGUCGAAACGAAACGUUUGGAUUCGUUGAUGCGUUCGGCACUAUAUAGUUCUUACUCAGAAACUCUCACUGGUCUGUCCACUAUUCGUGCAUAUCGCGAACAGGCGCGAUCGGUUUUAAAUGCGCAAAAUGGCCUCGAUUUGGAGAAUCGGGCGUAUUAUAUGACUAUAUCCAUCCAGCGAUGGCUAUCUAUAAGAUUAGAUUUUCUGGGAAAUAUUUUGAUUUUGGGAAUUGCCCUGUUUGCCGCUGGAUUCAGAGAAACAGUGAAUCCUUCGAAGAUUGGGGUCGUUCUUUCAUACACGCUUAGCAUAACUCAGAUAUUCUCGGAAAUGGUCAGCCAAUACGCUCUGAGCGAGCAGAAUAUGAAUGCCGUGGAACGUAUCUUGGUAUAUGCAGAAUUACCAAGCGAGGGUGACCCAGUGACGCCGCAUGAUCCGCCUCCAUCAUGGCCUCAUGCGGGACGCGUCGAAUUCAGCAAUGUUCAGCUGGCCUAUCGAAAAGGUCUUCCCCUCGUGUUGAAUGGCGUUUCUUUCAAUGUGCAGCCCGGAGAGAAGAUUGGCAUAGUCGGCAGAACUGGGGCUGGUAAAAGUUCUCUUAUACAGGCGCUGCUCCGCAUGGUUGAACUUGAGGGAGGGAAAAUUGAGAUCGAUGGUUUUAAUACCCGAGAAAUUGGCUUGGACGUUCUAAGAGGGAAGUUAGCUCUAGUGCCUCAAGAUAGUGUUCUUUUUCUUGGAACACUGCGCGAGAAUUUGGACCCAAUGGGCACUCGCACGGAUGCGGAGCUGAUCUCCGCAUUGCAACGAGCUUGGUUGUUGCCGCGCGAUGGAACGAAGGAUCCCGUGGCUGAAGCAAAAUUCAGUUUGGACGCCACCGUUGGCGACGAAGGCUCCAAUUUUAGUGCAGGAGAAAAACAACUCUUAGCUCUAUGUAGAGCUCUUGUCAAGAAAAGUCGAAUUAUCAUCCUCGAUGAAGCCACAAGCAGUGUGGAUGUGGAAACAGAUGGAAAAUUACAGAGAACUAUUCAGACAGAGUUUUCGACCUCAAGUCUUCUCUGUAUAGCUCAUCGCUUGAAUACCAUCGCAUACUAUGAUCGUAUAAUCGUGAUGGAUGCUGGACAAGUCGCCGAAUUCGAUACGGUUCUAAACUUGUUCGACCGUGAAGACUCUAUUUUCCGAUCCCUCUGUAAUGAAGCCAACCUACAACGUUCUGAUAUUCUACGCAUACGAGCUAGUUAUGGAGAUGUAGCCCCGAUAGAGAUGCCCGCAUAACUGAAAGGCCAAGUAAAUCAAUAAAUAGAGAUAUUUUAAACUUGUAGACCUUAAAAACGUAGACAAACGGAUAUUACUUCUUGAGGCCCCACUAUUUUCAGCUUCUACAUCUAUAUCAUGGAAUCUCUUAAUUCCCGCUACCUUUCCAGAGGUGAAAUAGCCUUAUAGGGCCAACUUUUCGUUUCUUUGACCUUUUUUAAUCAAUAUUUAAUUGUACAAUUUUUACAAGUCUCUGUAGUCGAC